AUGGAUGGGGGCGAUGAGACCGGCGGCGACGUAUAUCCCUACACGACCACUGCAUCAUCCAUGGGCUCGCUGCUAACUGUAUUCCUUGAUUAUGUCCCCGAGCAGUUUUACUACUUUAAUCGCCCGCAAGUGGAAGCUGCGCCGGAUCCGUUUGAGUCGCAAACCGAGAAGACCGCUGAAGAACAUCAAAAAGCUGCCAUCAAACCGGCGAACCUCAAGCACAGCAACAACAAGAAAUGGAAGCAUCGAAACCGGAAGAUUCUAAAACACGGCAUAAGCCACAAGAAAACCGAGCUUCAAGAGCUCAGCCCACUCAAGCACAGCCAGAAGAACCUGAAAAAGUGGCCGGAAGUACCUCGCGCCCAAGCGUCAGGCCUG